AUGGCAGUGGCACUGUCUGUGAUCAGAACAACACGAAGUCUAGUUAAACCAGCUGAGGAGACCCCAUUCACCACUCUAGACCUAUCACUCAUCGAUAGAUUACCUGUUCUAAGAUGCAAUGCUAGAACCUUACACGUGUUCAGACGUGGCCCUGAAGCUGCAAGUGUUAUACGAGAAGCCUUGUCCACAGCACUGGUUCCCUACUACCCUCUCGCAGGACGACUCGCUGAAUCAAAACCAGGGUGCCUCCAAAUUGAAUGCUCAGGUGAAGGCGCGUGGUUUGUUGAGGCAACAACUGAUUGCACCCUUGACUCUGUCAAUUUCUUUGAUGAUGUUCAGUCUAUUCCAUAUGAUGAUCUUCUUCCUGAUAAUAUUCCUCAAAUGGAACGCAUCGACCCUCUUGUGCAAAUGCAGGUGACACAAUUUAGUUGUGGGGGUUUUGUGAUAGGCCUCAUAUUCUGCCAUAGUAUAUGUGAUGGCCUUGGUGCUGCACAGUUUCUAAAUGCUGUUGGGGAGAUAGCUAGAGGUCUUGAGAAACCCAGCAUAGAACCAGUGUGGCAUAGGGACUUUUUCCCAUCUUCUCAAACACACCAAGAAGCUGCAUUGUUGCCUCCUGCAGGUCCACCUCCAAUGCCAGACUACAAGCUAGAGCAUGCAAACAUAGACAUGCCCAUGAUUCAAAUCAACCGGCUGAAGAGGGAAUUUCAACAAGUAACAGGACGCAGUUGCUCUGCCUUUGAGAUCGUUGCUGCAGGGUUUUGGAGCAGCAGAACAAGAGCCAUUAAUUUCGAAGCCAAUACACAAGUGAAGCUGGUCUUCUUUGCAAAUUGCCGUCAGCUCUUGGACCCUCCUCUGCCCAAUGGCUUCUACGGCAAUUGUUUCUUCCCAGUUACCAUAACAGCUUCAAGUGAGUCACUUAGAGAGGCAAUGAUCUUUGAUGUGGUGAAGAUGAUCCAAGAAGCGAAGACCAAGCUACCCGUGGAGUUUGGAAAGUACUUGAAGGGUGAACAUUUGAAAAGUGGCGAGGACCCUUUUGCACCUCCCUUGACCUAUACUACUCUGUUUGUAUCUGAGUGGGGGAGGCUGGGGUUCAACCACGUUGACUAUCAGUGGGGUCCACCUGUCCACGUGGUCCCCAUUCAAGGCUCCAGCAUUAUACCAGUUGGCAUUGUGGGGUCCAUGCCUCUCCCAAACAAAGGGAUUCGUUUGAUGACAUGGUGCGUGGAGGAGGCCCAUCGACUUCCCUUCCUUGAUCACGUGCAUGGUGUUAUGGAUCAGGAACUCUGA